AUGGCAUUAUCACAGUAACAAGCUUAUCUAGAAGAUGCAUAGUAUGAAAUAAGAGUGGCUGGGAGGUUUAAGAUGGGCAAGAAGAUUGGAAGUGGAUCUUUCGGAGAAAUAUUCUUAGCUGUUGAUUUGCAUACUGGGAAGGAUUGUGCAAUCAAAUUUCUAAACUUCUUAAGGAAUUUGUUGGAGAAAGUAAUAAAUAAGUCAAUAUCUGAUAUUUUAGCUGGUUUCCCUUAAUUUUUAAUGUUCGGAUAGGAGGGAGACUACUACAUCAUGGCCAUCGAACUCUUAGGGCCCUCACUUGAAGAUUUAUUUGUGUACUGCGGCAGGAAGUUAUCCCUUAAGACUGUACUACUGAUAGCAGACUAGCUCAUUCAUAGAAUAGAGAUCUUUCAAACUAGAGGUUAUAUUCAUAGAGAUUUGAAACCUGAGAACAUAUUGAUUGGGUUAGAAGAAAAUGCUCAAACAUUGUAUUUAAUUGAUUUUGGUCUAGCAAAAAGAUGGAAAAAUCCCCAUACAAAUGAACAUAUUCCCUACAGAGAUAAGAAAAGCUUGACUGGUACAGCUAGAUAUGCAUCGGCUAAUACUCAUCUUGGAGUGGAGUAGAGUAGAAGAGAUGAUCUUGAAGGUGCAGGAUAUGUUUUACUUUAUCUUCUUAAGGGCGAAUUACCAUGGUAAGGACUUAGAGCAAGAAAUAAGGAUGAUAAAUACAGGAAGAUUAAAGACUGCAAGGUCAACACUCCAAUUGAGUAGUUAUGUCACGGACUUCCAGAGGAAUUUGCAAUUUUUAUGAGCUACUGUAGACAAUUGAAGUUUGACGAAGCCCCUAAUUAUUCUCAAAUUAGAAGAAAUUUCAAAGAGCUUUAUUAUAAAUGUGGAUUCGAGCAUGAAUUUAUAUUUGAUUGGACUAUUCAGAGAUAUAGAGUAGACAAGCCUAAUAAUUCCUCUUAAGAAGAUGAAAAGAAAUCUGGAUACCAUGAAUCAAUGAAAAAUUAAGCAACUUCUUUUGAUGAUUAGAAUGAGGAAGCACCUGGCACAAAUCCAAAUAAAGACUGGUAAGAGAAAGCUCAAGAUCAGAUUGAACAAGAAGAUGAAUAGAAAAUAAAAAUAGCAAGUGAUGCAGUGAAUUAGCUUCGAGAAAAUAUAAUUCACAAUAGAGUUACAACGAGGGGUAUAGAAUAAUAGAUUUUAGAGGGAGAUUUGCCCUCAGGCAGCAAGAAAAAGAAAAAAGAUAAAAAAAGCAAAGAGAAAGGUGAUAAAAAGAAGUGCAUCAUCUUUUGA